GCAUGACGUUUCUUGUUUUUGCUGACGACAAGUGCAGUUUCAGAAAUUUCUUUACUCAUCUCGCCGAUUUUUCGCGUACCAAAGAUAAGUGCAAGUAACUUUCGCUUCCCUUUUUGCUCCCCCGUCCGGUGUUGCACAUUCCAUGCUGCACCGUAGUUCGGAUGUGCCGCACGGUAGCAUAACUGUCAGUGCAAAUUAAUCGGCCCCGAAAUCUGCCCGACCCUCCCAACGGGUACGCGUCCUUUGUUUUGUGGGGAGAAAAGCGCCGCUGCUGAUAGUCAAAAGACCCCCCAGAACGGUGACGAGCGAAAGCCAUUGUUGCUUGAGGUCUUAGUGAUAGUCGUGACGCGACCGCGGAUAAAGGAUAAAGAAAGUCUACGUCGUCUGGAAAGCGAUUGUGCCGCUAUACCGACCCGGGACCACUCCCGUUCAAAAGCAGCACCAGCAGCAGCAGCAGCAGCAGCAAAAUGGACACCAACGGUACCUUGGAGCAUGAUGGAGAGACGGAGCAAACGCAAAAACAACAGCCAGCCUUCGACAAUGUUGAUAUCACGUCGCCGGACGACGAAAACGAGAACGAUAUCUUCGAGUCGGCGAUACAGCAGGAACCACUAUCGCCCGUACUGGAGGACGUGCCGACGGACGAGGCGGGGGAUACGUUUAUCGAAAUAGUUGUUGCUGACCCGCAGAAAGUGGGCGACGGCAUGGGUUCAUAUUUGGCGUACAAGGUGUCCACAAAGACAAACAUUCUGAAGUUUAAAAAGCGACAGUUCUUCACGAUGCGCCGGUUCAGCGAUUUCCUCGGUCUGCACGAUCUGCUCGUAAGCAAGUACCUGCGCAUGGGGCGCAUCAUACCGCCCGCGCCGGAAAAGAACAUCAUCGGCACGACCAAGGUGCGGAUGGGCAGCCAGCCGCAGGCGGAAGCCGGCGCGGGCGUAAACCUGGAGUGGAUCGAGAAUCGGCGCGCCUCGCUCGAACGCUUCCUGAACCGGGUCGCCCAGCAUCCGGUCCUGUGCCAGGAUACGGACUUUGUCAACUUCCUCGAAAGCGACCAGGAGCUGCCGCGUGCCGUCAACACGGCCGCCCUGAGCGGUGCCGGCGUGAUGCGCCUGUUCAACAAGGUCGGCGAAACGGUAAACAAGAUCACGUACAAGAUGGAUGAAAACGAUCCGUGGUUUAACGACAAGAUCAGCGAGGUCGAAACGAUCGAUGCACACAUGCAGAAGCUGCACUCCGCCAUCAAGGCGCUGGUGUCGCAUCGCAAGGAGCUGGCCACGCUGACGGGCGGUGUAGCAAAGUCGGCCGCACUGUUGAGCACGUGCGAGGAGCAUACCGGACUGUCACAGGCACUGUCGCAGCUGGCGGACGUGGAGGAGAAGGUGGAACUGUUGCGCUCCGAGCAGGCCAACUCGGACCUGUACAUCCUGUCGGAGACGAUCAAGGAUUACAUUGGACUGUUCGGUGCUAUCAAGGACGUGUUUCACGAGCGGGUGAAAGUGUUCCAGAACUGGCAGCACGCCCAGAUGCAGCUGACCAAGAAGCGGGAAAACAAGGCGAAGCUCGAGCUGCAAGAUCGACGCGACAAGCUGGAGUUUGCGCAGAAGGAGGUGGAAGAGUGGGAGGGCAAGGUGCAGCGGUGUCAGAAGGAGUUUGACAAUAUUUCCAGUGAAAUCAAGAAGGAGAUGGAACGCUUCGAGCUGGCUCGUGCACGCGAUUUCAAGUCGACCAUCAUCAAAUAUCUGGAAGAUCAAAUGGCACACCAGCAGCAGCAAAUGCGAUACUGGGAAGCGAUCGUACCGGUUGCCCGUGACAUUGCAUGAGAGGAACCGAACGCGUUGAAUCCGCCCAUCCUGUACGACGACGACGACGAAGACCGUGUUCCGACGACUGACAAACUGCGCCUCUCGAUUAAUUUAGUCGACUCCAAUGCUAGGAUAUCGUAGGACGGCACACUGCCCGGGUGUGUGGUGUAGCAGCGGCCGAGGAGGAUGGCCAAUGAUUUGCGCACGGCUUCAUAAACACAACCCAGACAAAGACCUGCAGAUAGUUUGAUAGUGAUGCUGUGCUAGACGAUUGUUGUGUGGGUGAGAGUUGAUCUAAGAUUUCUUACGCCUCAUUUCACUGCUCUAUAUCCUGCCCUCCCUCUCUGCUCUCCCGCCUCAAGCCCUUUCGACUAGUAGGAAGGAAAGGGGAAAAGGGUUUCCUUAAGAUGCAAGCUACGCUCAUGUAUGCACUAAACAACGCGAGGAGUUGGGGGAAGAAGGGCAGGAGAAGAAAGGAUAAUAUCGAUCGACCAAAAGUGUGAUGUGUAUUUGUAAAUAAUGAUAGCGCGAAGCAAAGAAGUAAAACAAAGUAACGUGUAAUCCCAUGCAACACACCCAUUCAUACAAAAUCCCCGUUUAGAAGAAGUAGAAAUUCGCUUAGGAUGCUGAAAUGUUAGUAACAAACACACAUAGAGAGAGGCACACACACACAUACAGUCACCGCAAUGGCUGAUGGCCACUAGUUAAUUAGGCUUCACAGUGUUGCUUCUACUACCCGUUCUUACACAUAUCUUCCCCCCGUUACACAUAGUUAAACAUCCCGCGGCACCCGGAACACUCACGCAACCACCUUUGUUGCCUUUCUGUUUAGAUAUCGAUUUAGUGCAUUUGUUACACGUUUUCGUACGUAACACAGAAACAAACACACACACACAACUAUAUAUGUAAAUAUGUUUGUUUUGAAACAGUUGCGUAGUCACGUCACGUGUACUGCCUCCAAAGUGUCCAAGAGAACGUUUCAGCAACAACAAAAGGGAUACACAUGUGGGUACCAAAAUUCUCGAAUAAGCUAACAAUCGGGCACAGUGUGGCUCAGUAUGAACACCCAAACUUGGUUAAACCUUUAGAGAUUCCUCUUCUAAUAAUUGUUAGUAUAUGCUAAUUUCGUGAUGUAUGUUUCAAACAUGAUCGGUUUUUUUUUUUGCAAUUCCAGCCCAAUUGGAGGGCGGUGUGAGAUAUUGUUUUCGUUCCAAAAUUGUCUACACCUUCGUUAAGUUUUGUUUUUAUAUCAAUGCCCCUAUGCAUAGAUAGUAGCUUCUCGCUUAGAGCAAGGAAGUAUUACCGAAACGUACGGUACGGUCUCGUCUGUCGAAAGUGGCAUCAGUUCGCAAAUGUGCUGUGCGUAAGGAUUUGAAAUCAUGAUAGAAUAUUAAAAAAAAAACCAAUGUGUUUUUCCCCUUCCCUCUCUCUCUCCCUCUCUCUCUUUCUCUCUACUCUGUUGAUCGUGCUCAGAGCCGGCGCAAAGGAUAUUGUUACAUUUUUUUCAUAGGUUAGAACACGUGAACUCUAUUAGACUAUACAAAUAUGGUAUAUGCAUACAAAACUAAAAGUCUUAUAAUUUUUUUUUCCAUUUUGGAUCACUAGAGAGGAAGCGCGCCGUGUUGAAAAGGUGGAAAGGGGUGAACAAGAUAAUCAAAGGCGCAAGAGCGUGUGCCGCAAAACAAAACGGAUUUGAACGGAAAUCCGUGUGUGCAGGAGGAAGUAGAUGAAGUCGAUGUUUUGCAUUAGAUAGGAAGGAUCGAUGGAAAAAAGGAGACAAGUAUCAUAACAACCGUUUUAAGGUAAAUCAAUCGUAUGUUCCGUUAUUACGUUCAAUGCUGUGCUUAAAUCUUACUCCUAAAGAUGAAUAUUGCCGGGACAGUAAAUUUGUAAACACCUUUUGCGAUAAGACAACAAUUACAAUCCUACACUCCGUUCGGUAUCUCGAUCGCCAAAUUGAACAAGCUUGAAACAAUCAAAACGUGGAAAACAUCCCCGCCCUCCCGCUAGCGAAUCAUUUUUGUGUGUAGCAUUGUAUUUAAUACUUUCGAUAAUCAACGCUUUGCGGCUACAGUGUAGAUUCGUUAUUUAUUGUUUAAUUUUUGGUGCGCUAGUAAUGCAUUAGUGGUAGUGCAUGCUGUGGACACCUCAGGCAUUCCAGUACAAGUGGGUACGAUACGCUAUUUUUUCUCGCCCCUGAUUUACUUACCUACGAAACACGCCGUCUCUCAUACCUCGAUUUGCGUAGCAUUUAUGUAAAAAAACGGCAAACAAGCAAAAAAGAAGCAACCGAAAGCGCAUACUUCCCAUGUAUUGCCGAUGGAUGAUGCAAUCUGUGUUCUCGUAGAUGUAUGCCGCGUGUGUUAAUGGAUGUGCGUGUGAUAAUAAUCGAAAACAAGGGCAAGAAACAGUGAAUAAUGCGGCAGUAGGGAUAGUAGGGCUUCAAGCUUCAUCAUGUACCACUGUUUUCUACACUGCUUGCACGAUCUUGAGCGCAUCGAUAUAGAGAUUCUCUUUGUGUAGGAUGUUUCCUCUCCUGUAGAAUGAGCCUUUCUGCCGGGUAUAAUACACACAUAUAUAGCCCUUCUUGAUCGCAUUUAUUCGCGUCUUUCGUGGUUUUGUUGGGUCAGCAAGUUUAAAGCAUUUAUAAAGCUGACAGAGAAGGCACACAGAAACACACACACACACACACACAAACACAAGGUAUGUUUAAAAAGCCCUCUGACCGUUGUCCAUGAUAAUAAGCAAGAAUUGUCGAGCAAGAUAAAAAACAAACAAACAAACACGUGAGAAAUGUUAUUAUUUCAAAAAAUAUAUAUACACAUAUAUAUCUAUAUUCUAUUA